AUUGUGGAAGGGUAGAAGAUAUUGAGAACUGAGUUUGAUUGUUUUGUGUUCAGAGCAGAACUAGUUACCUCGGAGAGUGAGAAAGAGAGAUUUUUGAAGAUUAAAAAUGGCUUUGGCUAAGGCAAAGGAGAUCGUUUCAUCCAACCCAACCGUGGUCUUUGGUAAGACCCACUGCCCUUAUUGCAAGAGGGUCAAACAGUUGCUGUCGGAGCUAAAAGUAACUUACAAGGUCGUAGAACUGGAUUUGGAAGCUGAUGGAAGUGAUAUUCAGGCUGCACUCUUAGAGUGGACAGGACAGAAGACUGUCCCUAAUGUGUUCAUUGGUGGAAAUCACAUUGGAGGCUGCGAUGCAACUAUGGCAAAGCACCAGGAGGGGAAGCUUGUGCCAUUGCUUACUGAGGCUGGAUCUCUUGCUAAAACUGAAGUUGCUGCUUGAAACCCCGAUAGGGCAGUCACGGGCACAUAGAAGAAGAAUGGCAGAAACUAUCAGAUGCAGAUUAGUACUUAAAAACAGUUUCAAUAAAGGGUUGAACAUAGUGUUGUGCUUGUGAUUGCAUCUGUAAUAAAAAUAUUACUUUCAGAUGGAAUAAAAUACAUUUACUGUGUGUAAUAUUAUAUGACUUUUUUCUUUAA